AUGGCCGCCUUGCCUGUCGACCUUCUGCAUCUUCUCUCGGAUCAGAUUGCAAACGAACAAGACUUUGCCACACUCUACAGUUGUGUAGCAAGUAGCCGGCAUUUCGCGGAGGCUGGCGCGGUCGCUGCGCUCUAUCGUGCUUGCCACGAAUCACCUGUCAAAGGCGGCGGCAAUGAAGGUCUCCCUCUACCAGUGCAGGAACUGAACGUACAGAAGUGGUCGAUCCUUUGGCGGACGAUUAUUCUCUCUGCUCUUGGAAAGACCGCCUUCCCCUAUUGCCGCUACCUUCGCUUCCUCGACCUGCGAGAUCUUGGAUAUCUGCUGGAAGACGACAAGUUUCGUGGCCAGAUUGCAUCGCACUUCUUCAAGGAUGAUCUCGCUCGAUUCCACUUUACGAUCCGCGGUAUCGGUAAGGCCCGUAUCGUUCGGCUGGAUCGGCCAAAGAUCAUUCAUGCUAUCGCGGACGAGAUCACACAGCAUGCUCCCAUGCUGGAAGCAAUUUCCGAACCAACUGGCCUGGACGUAUUGUCAACAGCUCUACUCACUUGGGCGCCCCGGCUCGAACAUCUUCAAAGACUGGACUUGUUCGAUGGCAGAGCAUUUGCUGACGAUCAAUUGCGCAAUUUGCUACAUGCUCACUGUCCCAAUCUCGCGAUGUUGAAGAUUUAUCGAUCUUCAAGCACUGAAGCCGACCAUGCACUGGCAACAUUCAUCGGAGGUAUGCCGGAGAAUAAGCUUACCUAUUUUGAAAACCACGGCGACUGUGGGAUUGGUGCUGAGACGUGUCUGGCAAUGAACAGUCAUAGCAAGAGUCUCAAACACCUGAAACUGGGACUGUCGGAAGAUGGAGUGUUGGCUCUGGGCCUGUUACAAGGCUGCACUGCCUUGCGAACGUUGGCCGUCUCCUCGGACCGAGUUUCAGUCGAUCUGAAAGCCACCCAGAACGACACCUACCUCGAAAUCGUGGAGUGGCUGCGGAACUGCGUCUCGCUCAAGGAUGUCAGCUUCCACAACAUCAUCUCCGCUCCCGAUCUGGUAACGCCAGUGCUUCUCAACAAAGGGGUCACGCUGGAAGAACUGGACAUCAAUGCCACCAAGGAGGAUGCUAUGUACGUGGUGAAAGACCACCACGACUUCCAUCGUGCAUUGAGUGAGCAGCCGACACUACGACGUCUACACCUGCGCGCCGACCCCGACACCAUGGCUCGAGAUGAUAUUGAUGUCCUGAUGACAUCACUCUGCUCUUUGGCAGGACUCCGCGAGCUGAGGCUUACCCGUAUUACCGACUACUUCACCGACGAACACAUCAGCCUUCUCGCUCAGCAUUUGCCCGACCUGGAAGAGCUCACAAUCGGCGGUUACGGCAUUUCCGACGCCGUCUUUGCCGCGAUUUCCACAUUGACAAACCUCAAGGCUGUCACAUUCUCCGGUGUUACCACUUUCACCACCGAGGGGAUCAUGGAAUACAUCGACAAGCUCGGACCCGGCAAUACCGGGCUCGUGUUGUCGGUGGAUAUGGCAGAUCAGGAUACAGCAAUUGCGUCCGACGAACAAGACCUGCUCCGAGAGCUGAUUGCGGCGAAAGUGGAUGGCCGCUUUGAUUACCAGUUACUCAGAGAUCCGAAUGUGCCCGAAUUCGAUGCCUCUGACGACUCUGAUUGA